UUUAGUUUGGAAAAUGGCGUAUUAGGGACAAACGACAAGGGAAUGAAAUUGGUAUAACUUAAUUCAGAUAAAUAACAAGGAGUUAUAAAAAGUUGGAUUAUACCUUAGGUUGUGAAAGGUUCAUUAUAUAUUUGUUAAAAAUGUCGGAUAAUGAGGAUGAUUUUAUGUGUGAUGAUGAAGAAGAUUAUGGUUUGGAAUAUUCUGAAGAUAGUAAUUCAGAACCAGAUGUGGAUUUAGAAAAUCAAUACUACAACAGCAAGGCCCUCAAAGAAGAUGAACCAUCAGCAGCUUUAGCCUCAUUUCAAAAAGUAUUGGAUUUAGAGAGUGGAGAAAAAGGAGAAUGGGGUUUUAAGGCCUUAAAACAGAUGAUCAAAAUUAACUUUAAAUUGGGUAACUUUGAAGAGAUGAUGACAAGAUACAAGCAGUUGCUCACAUACAUUAAAAGUGCUGUAACCAGAAAUCAUAGUGAAAAAUCAAUUAACUCUAUUUUAGAUUACAUUUCAACAUCUCGCAAUAUGGAACUCCUACAAAAUUUUUAUGAGACAACCUUAGAAGCUCUGAAAGAUGCCAAAAAUGACAGACUGUGGUUUAAAACAAAUACAAAAUUGGGCAAGUUAUAUUAUGAUCGUGAGGAUUUUAUUAAAUUGGCAAAAAUACUAAAACAGUUACAUCAGUCAUGUCAAACUGAUGAUGGAGAAGAUGAUCUUAAGAAAGGCACACAAUUACUGGAAAUUUAUGCACUAGAAAUCCAGAUGUAUACAGCUCAGAAAAAUAAUAAGAAACUUAAGAUGCUAUAUGAGCAGUCUUUGCAUAUUAAAUCUGCAAUACCUCAUCCUUUGAUUAUGGGAGUUAUACGAGAAUGCGGUGGUAAAAUGCACCUGAGGGAAGGUCAAUUUGAGAAGGCUCACACAGAUUUUUUUGAAGCCUUCAAAAAUUAUGAUGAGUCAGGAAGUCCAAGGCGUACUACAUGUUUAAAAUAUCUAGUUCUUGCAAACAUGUUGAUGAAAUCUGGUAUUAAUCCCUUUGAUUGUCAAGAAGCAAAACCGUAUAAAAAUGACCCAGAAAUAUUAGCAAUGACGAAUUUGGUUACUGCGUAUCAGAAUAAUGAUAUCAGUGAAUUUGAAUCUAUUUUAAGGCAAAAUAGGCAAAAUAUUAUGGAUGACCCCUUUAUUAGAGAACAUAUUGAAGACUUACUACGUAAUAUACGAACUCAAGUUUUGAUCAAACUUAUCAAACCUUAUACCAGAAUACGAAUACCUUUUAUUUCUACGGAACUGAAUAUUGAUGUUUCUGAAGUAGAGAGUUUAUUAGUAUCAUGUAUAUUAGAUAAUACCAUUCAAGGACGAAUAGAUCAAGUUAACCAAGUGCUGUUUUUGGAAAGAGAAACGGUAAACCAAGCUCGUUACAGUGCGUUAGAUAGAUGGGCCAAUCAACUGAAUACACUUCAUGCAUCGAUCAUGAAUAGAAUGGCGUAGUUUAAUGUUUGAAUAAUAAUACGAAAGUGAUAGCGCUUGUUGCGCCUUUGAUAAUUAUGUAACAAUAAAUGUAGACUUUUUUUUCUGUACAUUAAAAUUAACACGUUUUGACAGUUUUGAAUAAAAUAUUAAUGUUGUAAUUA